CUUGUACUCCAGAGGCAGCAGAGUCUGAGCGCAGGGAAGGCUGACCCCAGGUGCACCGGCCGCUGACAUGCCCUCUGCGUCCUCCAUGGGGCCCUGGGCUACAGCGACCCUCAAUGCCACAGUGGUGGCAUGGACCAACGGCAGUGUGUCGGAGACCCCCCUCUUCCACCUGUUUGCCCGGCUGGAUGAGGAGCUGCACACGGCCUUCCCCAGCCUGUGGCUGGCUCUGCUGGUCGUCCACAGCACCAUCUUCCUGGCAGGGCUGGUGCUCAAUGGGCUGGCGCUGUAUGUCUUCUGCUGCCGCACACGAGCCAGGACGCCAUCAGUCAUCUACACCAUCAACCUGGUGGUAACAGACCUGCUGGUGGGCCUGUCUCUGCCCACACGCUUCGCCGUCUUCUACGCUGCCCCUGGCUGCCUCCACUGCGCCUUCCCUCACGUGUUGGGCUACUUCCUCAACAUGCACUGCUCCAUCCUCUUCCUCACCUGCAUCUGUGUCGACCGCUACCUGGCCAUCGUGCAGCCUGAGGGAUCCCGCCGCUGGCGUCAACCAGCCUGCGCCAGGGCCGUGUGCGCCUUUGUGUGGCUGGCAGCGGGUGCCGUGACUCUGUCUGUGCUGGGCGUGACGGCCAGCGGGCGGCCCUGCUGCAGGGUCUUUGCCCUCACUGUCCUGGAGUUUCUGCUGCCGCUGCUGGUCAUCAGCGUGUUCACGGGCCGCAUCAUGUGUGCGUUAUCUCGGCCCGGCCUGCUGCGCCAGGGCCGCCAGCGCCGCGUGCGCGCCAUGCAGCUGCUUCUCACCGUGCUCGUCAUUUUCCUGGUCUGUUUCACGCCCUUCCACGCCCGCCAGGUAGCCGUGGCACUGUGGCCCAGUGUGCCGCCCCACACGAGCCUCGUGGCCUACCACGUGGCCGUGACCCUCAGCAGCCUCAACAGCUGCCUGGACCCUAUCGUGUACUGCUUUGUCACGAGCGGUUUCCAAGCCACUGUCCAAGGCCUCUUCCGCCAGCGUGGAGGAGAGCCUGAGCCAAGCAACGGAGACAUGAUCAGCACUCACAAGAGCACCAAGGGCUCAGGUCCCCCCCACAUCCUCAACACGGGCCCUCACGUCCUCACCCAGCAGCUGACCAAUGGGCCUGAGCCAUAGGCAGCGCUCUGCUAAAGACCAAAGGUUAGGGCUUGGCUAAGUCACCAACCAGCCCAGACACCUGCUGGGUCUGAACCUGCAAGUUGAUUUCCUAUUGAUUGAUUGGAGGUGGCUGCCCAGUGCAUUGCACUGACUUGCUGAGGCCACAGUGCUGCGGU